GGCACGCGUAUAAUCAAUAGAUAGGCCGCUAAGCUCGAGUGACGUGAGCUUCAGCCUACCGGCAGCCCAUGGGCGGUGCGGUGCGCGGCGGCCGUAGUGCGAACCAUGGGAGGUGGCUGGUGGUGGGCUCGGGCUGCCCGCCUAGCCCGACUCCGCUUCCGGGGGGCGCUGCUGCCGCCUCCGCGGCCCCGGAGCGGGGGCGCGCGGGGGUCCUUUGCCCCUGGCCACGGCCCCCGCGCUGGGGCUUCGCCGCCCCCCGUGUCCGAGCUGGAUCGCGCAGAUGCCUGGCUCCUUCGGAAGGCUCAUGAGACAGCCUUCCUUUCCUGGUUCCGCAAUGGCCUCCUGGCAUCGGGCAUCGGGGUCAUCUCUUUCAUGCAGAGUGAUAUGGGGCGUGAAGCUGCUUAUGGCUUCUUCCUGCUGGGCGGCCUGUGUGUGGUGUGGGGCGGCGCCUCCUACGUGGUGGGCCUGGCGGCGCUGCGGGGACCCAUGCAGCUGUCCCUGGGGGGCGCGGCCGCGGGAGUGGGCGCCGUGCUGGCCGCCGGCCUGCUCUGGGCUUGUGCCGUCGGCCUCUACAUGGGCCAGCUCGAGCUGGAUGUGGAACUCGUGCCCGAGGAUGACGGAACGGCCGCGGCCGAAGGGCCCGAUGAGGCGGGACGGCCACCACCGGAGUGAGCCGCAGGGCCGCGGGGGACGGCCGGGGCGCUGGACAGCCCGGGCCCGAGGACCGGGACAUUAAAACCUGACACUUCGCUGA